UGUCGAGUUGAAGCGUGCUGCCAUAUGAAAAAUUUUGGAAAAAAAAAGAUUCGAAUUCAAUUUGUUGAUAAUAUUGAAAAAUUUGUUCAUUUUCAAAACGUUUUAAAAGCUAAAAACAAUGGUCUGGCCACAUAAAAGUGGUUUCGGUAUUAAACUGGUACGUAUGGGCUGUAAAAAUCGUCCAUAUUAUCAAAUUGGUGCAAUGCCAUCACGACGACGUACCGGAUUAUUACCGGACGAAGUAAUCGGUUCAUUGGAUCCGGUACCAAAUGAACGUAAUGAAAUUGUUGCCGCUGUCGAUCUAAGUCGUCUUUCAUAUUGGAUGGGACGUGGUGCUCGUCUUAGUGUUGGAAUGCAAACAUUACUUGGUUUAGCCGGAUGGACACCUGUUCCACCACAUGUUUACAUCAAAGCUAAACAAGAACGUGAUCAAAUGUUUAAAAAGAUUCAACAACAACAUCAACAGCAGCCGCAAGAAUCCGAUGGUGAUGGCGGUGAUAAUGGUGAAGAGAAAAUCGAAAUCGAAAGUAUAUUACCUAAACGAUUACCAUUCUGAAUCGAUCAUUUUCGCUUUUUUUUUGUAAAUAACAAUGGAUAAAUUUGAAACAAAACAAAACAUAAAAAAAUUGAUAAAAUGAAA